CCCUCACAGAAAAACCGAGGGCCACAGGAGCCGCGUUGCCAUUCCUGAGGCGGGAGCACAACUCGGGAAUGGGAGGAAAGGGAAAAGGAGAGGGAGAGGGGAGGAGAAGGAAGAGGCGGGCGGAGGAGGCCGCGCUCCGUCCCUCCCCUCAGGGCGGGCCGAGUAAAACCGGUCCCGUCGGCGGCGGCGCUCCCGCCCCUUCCCGUGGCUGCGAUGUCGCUGCUCCGCCGGCCUUGCCCCCGCACCGCCGCCAGGAAGGGCCCCAGAAAGGCGGCGGCGGUGGCGGCUAAGCGAGACUGGGAUAGUACCGUCCACGAUUUGACAGUGCACCGUGCAACUCCUGAGGAUAUUCUCCGUCGCCAGGAAAUACACAAAUCAAAAAACAAAGCACUGGCACAUCUGGAACUCCAAGAGAAAGCACUGAACAGAAAAUGGAAGAAGCAAAAGCAACUGGAUGCAAAUUCCUUGGAGAAAAGGAAACUGGCUCUGAUGCGUGAGAUUCUGUCUGAUCAGUACCAUUUGCAAGAUGGUCAGGUUAUGGCUGUGGCAGAUGACUUGCCUGGGGAUGCUCCUCGCACACGAACAGGUUUCCCUAAUGUAACAGUGGCUCCUAACUGUGACCUAGAAUCAUCUCAAGGACCCAUUGUACAUAAAAGUCAUCCUCCCAGUCAGCUUUCCAUCCUUAGUGGAUCUGUCGUGGAUUCCCAGGCUCUGAAUGAAGAGGAGGAGGAAGCAUUAUUAGAAGAUGGACAUCAUGACGUUUUGGGUUUCAAAUCCAACAUCAAUUCUGACAGGCUACUUCGGUUGUUGAGAGAAGAAGAUUCUUUGGUGAAUUCUCAGUUAUGGGUUGAAAAGGAUAUGAGAAAAACCACCUUAUCACAGGAACCAAAUAUGCUUUGGACUCCAACAACUAUUUCUCCUUCAUUGGAUCGGUCAGCCCUCAAUGCUACCAGUGUAAUCAAGAGAGCCCAUUCAAGACUUCGGAAUGAAGAUGAAGAAGAGUCUAUAGACUCCAGUGACAUUGUGAGACAAGUGCUGAACCCAAACUCGAGGAAACAAAAGCAAAUUGCAGCAAAGAUGAAAAGAAAGCAAGCUGCACAGAACUCUGCUAGACAGAAGAGAGGUGAUUCUCCAGCUAAUUUAAUCCAGUCUGACCUUCAGAGGGACAACAAACCCAGCCUAGGUGUUCUCAACCAUAUGAUCCAGGAAGUAGAGUGUGAACUGGAGGAAUAUGAGCGGUGUACAGGUCGUGAGGUCCAAAAAAAAGAGAGAAGUGAAGGCCUGUCUGGGUUUACUCUGUCACUAGUGAACGCUCUCUGUCGUUUGAUGCGCUACCUCAAAGAGACUGAAAUGCAGCUGCAUAAGAAAGAAGUGAUGAGUCAGCAGCAGCAGGACAUGUUGAAUGAACACAGAGAACUGAUAGAUGCUCUGACUGCUGAAGUUCUUCAAGUAAGGGAAGAAAACAUUACUAUGCAGAAGAAGCUUCAGCAAUACAUGACAGUAACAGAUCAAAAGCUGAUGUGUCUCACACAAGCAUUUAAAGGCCUCCCUUUGGUAGAACAUCAAAGAGAACAAAGUCCAAAACAUUUUGGAAUGGCAAGCAGAGGCCCAGCAAACAGCCAAGAAAAACCUGAUUUGACCUACUCUGAGCCCAAGACUGAUGCAGGCAAUAAGGAAAAUCCGCUGAAAUUUCCACAGGAAGCGCUUUCUUUCACGUUUCACCCACGGCCAGGUGCCUCAGGUGACAUGAGAUCUGGUAGAAGUUUUCCAGCUCACAUCCUGCAGCCAGCUGUGCUGUUGUCACCACCGCAGCAGAAGAGCAGUCAAGGAUUAUCUUCCCUCCAGAAUGUGUUUGCAGCCAUUGCCCAGUCCACUGAAAGAGAGCCAUGCAAGGAAAGGAGCUUACCUUCCUCCCUAAGGACACAGAGCACAACUGAGCAAAACUUCCUCAUCCCUCAAAGGCAACCAAUUCCUCCUGCAGAUGAAGAUUUGGAGAGUUCCCAUGAGAAAAUCUCUCUGUCCUGCCCAGAUGGCACUGGAAGAAACAGCACAGCUGAAGAGUUCCUUCAAAAUGGUGAUCUGCUGGGACAGAUAGCAGAGCUCACACGGCAGAAUGCUCUCAUUAAAGCUCAACUGAGCAAAUUCAGAGGUGUCCCGGGAGACAAAAGUGAUCAUCUACAUCAGCCAGAUGUAGAUCAGCCGGAUUCUCGUCCAGACUCUUCACAAGGACAGAGUCAUCUCAUGGUAUCAAAGAGUUUGGAGGAAAGAAUAGUGGAGCUGAAUCGCCAGAGUACAGAAGCACGGGACAAACUCUUGCAGUUGAUAGAGCAGCAGAAAUCAGCUGCUUCUGACAUGGUCCCUUCAAUGCUGUCUCCUGUUGCAACCCUAUCCCUGAAUUACACUGAAAAUGCAAGGAGGACAGUUGAAGUCCCUGUUCCUGUGGCAGUGGCUGUGGACAGCUCCAAGGAUGUCAGUGUUCCCCAUGCCAGUAUGACCAGUAUAAGAAGGUCUACAGGAGACUCCGGCAAACCUUGUUCACCUUUAAGUGCCACAUCAGAAAGUGCCAAAUUAACUUCUGUCAGCCAAAGACCAAAGGUAGAAAAGCAAAAAGAAGAAGGAUGGUUUGCAUUGUCAAUGCACGUUAUAUAAAGGAGGCUGAGCUCAAGUCCUGUAUUUUAAAAAUAUUUUUAAUGAACUAUAAAUAAAUCACAAUCUCUCUUUCUACAGAUGUACAGUUUAAUUCUGAAGUGUUUUCAUGUCAGUGCUGUUAGUGUGGAAGGGUCCAUGUGCUUAUUGUUUUUGUGCCCUACAGAGCAGUCUAGGGAAGCCCUGGGAAUGAGUUUGAGCUGGACAUGCUGCUGUAACCUUAUACCUUUUCACAAAAAAAAUCUUUCAUGAGGUUGUAAACUCAGGCUGCUGGAGCACCUUGAGACUUGUUAGAUACGCUGAAGGUAGGAGGUUUUAGAAAUUGCCUGUGAAACUUUCUGGAGUGUUUAUUUGCACAAGAUAUGGGAAUAAAAUGUCAGGAGGAACUAAGAUGAGGGAAGAAGGUACCCAUGUUGAAAAGAAACCUGGAGAUUAGGAAGCCAUUCUGUUUCUGGUGGAUAAGGAUUUGCAUCAAGAAGAAUUUAUUCCUUCUGUUAUUUACAGUUCCUCCCAAAAGUUGUUUUUUCUGUACAGUUAACAUGUUAGAGAUGGCGUCUGGACUGGAGGAUUGCUUUAAAAAAAUCUAAUAUUUUUAUAGUAAUAUAAAGUGACUAUUUGAAGUUGGAAUCAGAAUCUUUAUUUGCUAUGUACUGAAGUAUAUGCUCUUUGAUAUAACAGAAGACUGAUACUUAUAAUUGUAUUAAGCUGGUUUGCUGUGCAUUUAUGUAAUAUCCUAAUGACCAUGUUUCUUAUAUUGGUUUUAUUUGACUUUUUAAAGUAGUCAUUAUUUUAUUAAUAAUGAUUACCUAUAAAAUUUAAGA